AUGCCUAAAAAGCUUGCAAUUACUGAUACUAUUACAGGGAUCCUUAGUGAGAAGCUUUAUCCAUACUCUAAAAAAAGAGCAGUAGCUUCGGCAGCGACAUCACCAAUCAUAAGUGCCCGUCGCACCAAUGUCCCCAGACCAGGAAACGAGGAAACACGUGAUGUGCCACGCCUCAUUGUAUUCGUCAUAGGCGGUGUGACAUACUCUGAAGUCAGGACAGCAUAUGAGGUUGCCAUGGCAAACAAAGACUGGGAGGUUUUAAUUGGCUCAGAUUGUGUGCUAACACCCUCUUCAUUCGUUGAAAAACUUUCAAGUUUAAAUGAUUGAUGCAAUGAAUCCUUCAAGAACCUGAGAAAUUAUUAGGUUAAAAGCUCGCUCUUUAGGCCUUCGUGUUUUUUUUUUUUUUAGUUAAAAGAGGCAGCUCAGGGACUGGUUGUGCGAAAGAUGAAUAG